GGCGUCUCCUAGCAGCGGCCGCCGCCAUGGCGCCGCGGCGCGGCGGGCCCCUGGGCUACGCUCUGCUGUGCGGUCAGGCUGUGCUGCUGCUCGGCAACCUGCUGCUGCUGCACGGCGCUUCGAGGGACCUCCCCAGCAACGGCACCGAGCCCGAAGGACCCACACCGGGGUCGGCCGCCGCCGCCGCCGCCUGGGCCUACAUCGACCCGCAGGCGCCUCUCGUCCUCUGCACCUACCUCCCCGAUGAGUUCGUGGAGUGCGAGGAGCCAGUGGAUCACGGUGGGAACGCCACGGCGCAGCAGGAGCUGGGCCACGGCUGCGUGAAGUUCGGCGGACAGGCCUACGGCGAGGUGGAUCACACCCGGGUGCAGUGCCGAGCGCUGGACGGCAUCGAGUGCGCGGAGCCGCGGAGCUUCCUGCGGGGCAGCAGGCCCUGCGUCAAGUACACUGGACACUAUUUUAUAACCACUCUGCUCUACUCGUUUUUCCUGGGGUGCUUUGGAGUGGAUCGGUUCUGCCUGGGCCACACCGGGACGGCCGUAGGGAAGUUGCUGACCCUGGGGGGCCUGGGGAUCUGGUGGUUCGUGGACCUGAUUCUUCUCAUCACCGGCGGGCUGAUGCCCAGCGACGGCAGUAACUGGUGCACCGUGUACUGAGCCCGACGGAGGCCCUGUGGGACUGGACAGCCUCUGCCCAACACAGCUGCAGCUGAAGGUGCAGAGCCAUUAUUCCUGUUCAUUCUGCUGCACAGACUCGGACACUGAGUUGUGCCCUACCUGUUUUGCUUAUUUAAAAUGAUCUGUGUUCUCCCUCCUCCCCAAGAGACGGCAGGCAAAGAACCCAGACAAAUACAGUCUGAGGGAGCUGACUCCACCUCCUUCUGGAGUUGGCAGAGGACAGGCAGGCACCCGGAGGUGCAGCCACUGACCUGUGGGUCUCUGCUGAGAGGUUUUGCAAAGGUUUAAGGAGAGGCUCUAGCAAAGUGCUGGGCUCUGACUCUGCAUUGUCUGCUUAAAACUGUUCACUGGCUGCUGGGGAAGCUGGGGUGGAGCUGGGAGGAAUCCUUUGCAGAUCAUCACUCUCUCCUCUGGCAGGUGGGGAAAGCCACAGUGCAGCAAAUAAAGUUCAGGCUUCCUCGAGCA